CCGCCCCUUCCGGCCGUCAGUCGGGGCCGCGGCGCGGAGCUGAGCGGACCGCUCCGCAGAGCUCUGAGCGGCGAUGGAGGCCCCGCCCGCUCCCCCCGCCGUGCCGCCCGCCCCCUGCAGCGCGGCGCGGAGCCUACAGGACGAGCUCACCUGCCCGGUGUGUCUGGAGUACUUCACCGACCCGGUGCUGGUGGCGGAAUGCGGCCAUAAUUUCUGCCGGGCCUGCGUGACGCAGUGCUGGGAGGACUCCGCGCGGCGGCUCUGCUGCCCGCAGUGCCGCGAACCGGUCCCGCAGCGCCUGUUCCGCCCCAACCGCUCCCUCGGGAACAUCGUCCACAUCGUCCGGCAGCUCGGGCUGCCCCCCGGCCCCGCCGACCCUCCCCCGGGCCCACCCGCCCCCGCUCCGCCGCUCCCCGCGGCCGCUCCUCCCGGUCCGCCGGGCCCUCCCCGGUGCCCCCGUCACGGCGAACCGCUGCGGCUGUUCUGCGUUCAGGACCGGAGGGCGGUGUGCGUCGUGUGCCACCUUUCCCGGGAGCACCGCACCCACACCGUGCUGCCCGCCGAGGAGGCGGCCCACGCGGCAGAGGAGGUGCCCCAGGAGCACCUGAGCUCCCUGCGGAAAGGACGUGAAGAAGCGAAAGCCGAGAGGGAGAGGCAGAGUGAGGACCUGCUGAAGCAGACCGAAGUGGAGAGGCAGAAAAUCGUGGCUGAGUGCAAGGAGCUGCGGGGCUUCCUGGAGGAGAAGGAGCAGCUGCUGCUGUCCCGCCUGGAGGAACUGGACAGGGACAUCGUGAAGAGGAGAGAUGAGAGCGUUUCUAGGCUCUCAGAGGAGAUAGCUCAGCUGGACAAGCUGCUGGGGGAGCGAGGAGGAGAGAACGGCCCCGGGAACACGGCUGGGCAGCCCUUGAAACAGCUGCUGAGAGCUGAUCCCCUAAGUAAUUCUGGGGAGGAUUUUGAAGAUUUUGGAACUAACAGAUGCUGCUUUUCCUCUCUGCAGGCUGUCACCACGGCUGGAAGCAGCUUUGAGAGCUGGAUGUUCUGCAAGCCAGAGCCCGGCUUCGCCGAGCUGGAGAAGAAACUGAAGAGCUUCUCCCAGAAAAGCGCCGUGCUGAAGGAAGUCCUGCUGGAGUUCAAGGAGAACCUUCGGUUUGAGUUGGAGAACGAUACAGGAGAUCUCUCUCUGGACCCGGACACGGCCAACCCCUACCUGGUGCUGUCGGAGGACAAGAGGAGCGUGAGGCUGCGCAGUGCCCCCCAGGAGCUUCCCGCCCACCCCAAGAGAUUCGAUUACUCCUUCUGCGUGCUGGCAGCUGAGGGUUUCGUGGCGGGGAGGCACUACUGGGAGGUGGAGGUGGGCGACGGGGAGAGCUGGGUGCUGGGGGCGGCGCGCGAGUCGGUGCGGAGGAAGGAGAAGAUCGAUUUCGCCCCGGAGGAGGGGAUCUGGGCGGUGGGGCUGAACUGGAAGGGGAAGAAUUGGGAUCAGUACCAGGCUUUCACCUCCCCGGAGACGCCCCUGUCCCUGUGCGAGAGGCCCCGGAAGAUCGGGGUGUACCUGGACUACGAGGGGGGGUGGGUGGCGUUCUACAACGCCGAUAACAUGGCUCCCAUCUUCACCUUCACGGCCGCCUUCACCGAAAAGAUUUUCCCUUUCUUCUGGCUCUUCUACGUGGGCUCCUCGCUCUCCCUGUGCAAUUGACCUGGCCGGUUCCGUGCCCCUUCCCCUGCCGGUAGCGCCCCAUCCCGCCCCCGUAUCCUUGGCUUCCCGACGGCCCACGGUCCCCCUCCAGCUGUAGGGUUUGGUUUUUUUGUUCUUACAUUUAGAAGUUGGUGUCUUUUAACCCAAAAACAGUUUUCUGGGGCAUCCGCCGUUGAGGGCGGAAGGACCUGGCUGCUUGAGUUCCCCGGAGUGGGGUUGGUUCCCCCUCCUGACCCGCUGCCCAGCAAACCCCUUUCAUUUUCUACUUCUAAAAUCGGCUGCAAAGCGGGGAGCAGAGCCACGUCGGGGUUCCUUGCCCCGUAGCAAAGCUGCCUGCUCCCUGCAGGUGAGAAAACCUGUGUGAGGAGGAGGAGGAGAGGUGCCAUGCCCAGCCCCCAUCGCACCAUUGCUCCGCAGCUCCCCUUUUUAGCACCUCCUCACCCCCCAUCCCCGCUUUCCCUCCCUGGGGAAGGGGCCAUGCCUGCAUUUUGCUCCCCCCAGAGAGCAAACCCCCGUGAUCUUCCCCCUCCUCUUAGUGCUGAGCGUUGGUAGGCUGUGAUGGAGGAUGCCUGGCGUCUCGGGGUGGCCCCGGUGGGCUCCGGUCCCCCCAGGGGGAGGGGGAGCGCUGGUUUAGGUGUGAGCUCGCGCGUGCUUGCAACCCGCCCUCGUGUGACCCCGCCGUGCUGUUGUGUCUCUUUCCUGUUCACUCUGUUUAGUGGGGAAAUAAAAGUUGCUGUGCAAAAAGAACAACAACAAAAAGGA